UCUGAGUGUCGUUCGCGCUUAUCACCUGAUGCUCCAUUUGAUGCAUUUUGAUUGGUGUUCGCGCGCAAAAUCCAUAACCGACAUCGCGAUUUCCGUGGAAUACUCACAUUUACACAUCACUCAAGCACAUUAUUAACCAUCGUUACAUAAAGGCAUUCGCGGCUGUGAAACAGUCAAAACCUGAAAAAAAAAAAAAAGAUACGUGAAUAAACCGACGUAUGCGCGUUCGUUGGAUUCUCCGCAUACGAUGCACAAAAAUAUCCGAUAAUGACGACGUAGUGGCGGAUAACUUACCCUAAUUUGUUUACCGCGAUGCCUCCGAGCCGUCUAGACGCCGUUUACAGGAGCAUAUUGCUCACGAAGUUUUUCACGAAGGGAUGGGGCAACCCUCAAAUUCUAAAAAGGAUUUUUGAAUUUAGAAAAGUCAUUUCAAAUCGAGAAGCAUGCUACAAUAUGAUACCAUUUGACUAUCCAAUAGAGAUAACAAAAGAUGAAGUAUGGUCAGAUUGUCAUAUAAUCGAAGGUCAAUUUGAAUCACCUUUUGAAAAACAUCUUCCAGGGAUAAUGCCAGAUAAAACCAAAAUGGCUUACUUUCAAGUGAUUUUACCAACCAAAUGGGGUUCCCAUAAAAUAAAACCAGUUUGUUUACAUCUUGCAGGAACAGGAGAUCAUUUUUUUUGGCGACGUAGAAAUCUUAUUGCUAAACCACUACUCAAGGAAUCUGGGAUAGCGUCAAUAUUGUUGGAAAAUCCAUUUUAUGGUCUGAGAAAGCCAGAUAAUCAAAUACGUUCUAGUUUGCAUAAUGUGUGUGACAUUUUUAUUAUGGGAGGCUGCCUGAUAAUGGAAUCAAUUGUUUUAUUGAAUUGGUGCGAACAACAAGGAUUAGGUCCAUUAGGUCUCACUGGAUUAUCAAUGGGUGGACAUAUGGCUUCUUUAGCAGCUACCAAUUGGCCGAAACCGAUAUCGUUAGUACCUUGCUUGUCAUGGUCAACUGCUUCACCUGUAUUUACAGAAGGUGUAAUGAGCGCAUCAAUAAACUGGUCACUUUUGGAAACACAAUAUUUUUCUAAUAAGAUAUAUCAGAACGAUCUCGCAAAAAUGGUGAAAAUUAUUGAUCAUGAUGAUGCUUUCUUAGCUGGCCAACAUUUUGUAAAGCAUUAUCCUGCGAGCAUGAAAAGAGUCGAUAAGUUAAGAAAAGAAUCUGAAGAAGACUAUAAAGACAAUAAUACUUUAGGUGAUAUGAAAAAUGGUACAAACUCUAUUAAUAAUAAUAGCAAUAAUAAUAUUUCUGCCAAAUAUGAAUCUAAAAAUGAGAGCAAUCAAUUGCAGCAACAAAUCGCGGAAGAAAAGGCAGCAGCCAAAAUAUUCCCUUUAAAUUUGAUUUCCAACAAAUUUAAACCAAAGGAUCCUAAUACUCUCAAAGGAGUUUGUUUGUUGCCAGUGUCGAAACAUCCACUAUUUUCAGACAACAAAUGGCGCGAGCACGAAGCGUUGCAAUUUAUGCGUGGUGUAAUGGACGAAUGUACACAUUUAAAAAAUUUCGAGAUACCUGUCGACACUGAAUUAAUUAUUGCUGUUUGCGCCAAAAACGAUGCUUAUGUACCACGAGAUCAUUGCAUGAGCCUUGAUAAAAUAUGGCCAGGAGCUGAAAUUCGUUACAUCAAUGCUGGCCAUGUUAGUGCAUAUCUUCUUCAUCAGAAAGUGUUUAGAUCCACAAUAGCUGAAUCUAUCCAACGAUCUUUGAAGAAGUAUCCUAUCGAGAUAAGUUGAUGACUUUGCAUUAUUAAUCAAUGCUUAUUGUUUUAGAGAAUUGUAUUAUUUAAAAUUUUUAAUUAGAUAACGGAAUAUUUUUUCGGAAUUUUGUGAUUGAACUUGUCUACUAUUAAAGAUUGCCAUAUCUUCUAUAAACUAUUUUUAGAUGACUGCAGAUAACAGUCUGCUAAAAGUACAAUUGUUACAAUUUAAUCAACUAUAGCAUCAACUAUUUCAUUAGAGAAUACAUAAAAGAAGAUUAUCUAUUAAUAAAUUGUUCCUAUAUGAAGCAAUAACUCAUGUGACAGCGACAUACAUUUUUCAUAUAACUGUUUAUAUAGACUUAUACACGAUCUCAAUAAAAUACAUUUUUUUGAUGUUUGUAAAUUGUAGAUAUAAUUAUUGUGUACAGCGUUAUAUAUUAUUAAGAUAAAUUGUUAUAAUUGUUAUUUUAAAUAUUUUAUAUAAUACAUAAUGAUGUGUGUCAUUGCAUGUGUAAUAUUGAUAAACGCACGAAAAUGGAAAAAGAGAGCGUGCGAUUUAUAGUGAUAAAAAUAUAUCGUAAUAUAUAAACGAAUAAAGUCUUUUACUUUGAUACUAUCUA